AUGUCAAAGUUUAAUAUCUUCUGCAAUCUUUCCUCCAACUAUCUUCAGAAAUUUAACUUUGCAAUCCCUGUUCCAACGCGCAAACUACGUAUCCACUCAAGCAUUAUUCUUGGUGCUCGCUUUAUCCCGGUCUUACGCGUACCUUUUAAUCCCGUCGUCAAGCGAACUUUUUACUCCAGCGUUACGCGCUCAAAUUGUGUGUGCACCCCCAAAAGAGCAGUAGCUUAUUUUGGACCGCCGAACACGGCUGGAGCAAUUUUAUUCUGGGAAACCGGGACUGGAGUCACCAUCAUCCAUGGUCAAUUUAGUGGAGGGUUCCGGAAUGAAAGGGAGGAUUAUGUUAAUAUCAAAAUUUAUCGUGAAAAUAAAAUGUUAUUUGAUCUCAACCCUCUGGACGGAAGUUUAAGAAAGAUUUUUAGGCUUCGGGAGAAUGGGUCAACGGAUUCUUUUGUAUUUGUUGUCCCAAAGAGUCUGAUUAGCGAAGAACCCAAGAUCGUUGGAUCUUAUGUGGUUAUUAAUAGUCUUGUUAAUGGAUUGAUUGCUAAAGAUCUUAUCGUGGCCAUGAAUGAUUAG